AUGGCCGUCGUAGUCACGUCGUCAUCUCCGAUCAAGAGGGGAAGGGUUAUCCUCCCAGUGGGCUGGAAGGAUUCUCCCGAAAAUCCCAUCAAGGGAGUGCUAACUGGUGUAAGCCGUUCUCUGGAAAUGCCGAGCUUUUUGAAUGCAUCUUCAAACAAUAUGUCGGUAGAACUCCCUGUGUCGACUUGGAUCUGCCAUAGCUCGGAGUUGGCCACUUCAAAUGUGACGACCAAGGCGCCGUUGUGCGGUGUCUGGACUCCUUGGAGAUCGUCGCCAGUUAAGAUUGAUGACAUGAUGAAGACGGUGUUGAUCACUCUUGAUCCCAGGAUCGACGAUUUCUUACCUAUCUUAAGUCCAUUCUUCUCAAAACAACGCAAGCGAUCUAUGCAAGUACGUGAAGAACAGAUACGAACAAUCCUUCCCUUCAUCGAGAAGCGAAGAUCCCUCCUGAAAAAUAACCCCGAAACUUCAUUCGCUUACCUCGACACUCUCUUUGAUCUCGAAAUCGAGGGACGUAAAUCACGUCCAACCGACACCGAGCUGGUCUCGCUCUGCUCCGAAUUCCUCAACGGCGGGACCGACACCACCGCCACAGCACUGGAAUGGGGCAUAGCCCGACUGAUUGAGAACCCAGAAAUCCAAUCAAAACUCUACACCGAGAUCAAGUCGAAAGUUGGAGACCGGAAAGUGGACGAGAAGGAUGCAGAAGAGAUGGUGUACCUAAACGCGGUCGUAAAGGAAUUACUACGGAAGCACCCUCCGACGUACUUCGCACUCACACAUGCAGUGACGCAACCAGCAACGCUGGGUGGUUAUGAUGUGCCGACGGAUGCCAACGUAGAGAUAUUCUUGCCAGCCAUCGCGGAGGACCCCAGUAUCUGGUCCGAACCGGAAAAGUUCAACCCAGACCGGUUCGCGACGGGGAAGGAGGAUGCCGACAUAACGGGGGUAAAGGGAGUGAAGAUGCUGCCGUUUGGGGGCGGAAGGAGAAUAUGUCCCGGUCUGGGGUUGGGCACGGUUCAUGUGAACCUGCUCUUGGCCAGGAUGGUCCAGGAGUUCGAGUGGAGUUUACACCCCUCCCAGCAGAAGGUUGACUUGAGCGAGAAGUUGGAAUUCACGGUCGUGAUGAAGAAACCUCUCCGAGCUGUGGUCAAGCCAAGGAUAUGAGACCUUUUGCGGGUUGCCGGCCGGAUUCUACAUAAAAAGUAGUAGUAAUAUAAUCUUUGGGUGGACCCGGUUCUAUGCGAAUUGUUGUAAUUUAA